AAAUACCAAAAGCAGGAAGUAGUGGAUGGUAAACACACGUGUGCAACAUGAAAAAUACAAAAAAGCACAACAAUAUGUCCAAAAAGGGCAAAUACAAGCCAGGGUCCAAGAAAAGAGAAAACAAAUGCAUCGUAACGUUCGAUGACAAAGACAGACAGGAUUAUUUAACUGGUUUCCAUAAGCGAAAGGUGGAGAGGAGGAAAGUAGCCGUAGCAGAAAUACGAAAGAAAAUCAAGGAAGAACAGAUCAGAGUCCGAGAAGAAAGGCAUAAGGAAUACUUAAAGAUGCUGAAGGAGAGGACAGACGCUCUGAACGAGGCUGAAGAUGAUCUGGAAGACGCAAUAACAGGCACAACAGAGUCUGUGCAGUACGAUCACCCCAACCACACCGUCACCGUGACGACCAUCAGUGAUCUUGACCUCACAGGGGCACACCUGCUGGGACCUGCAGCCAACCAGGUUAAUGGCGGAACCAUUGAUGAGGAAAAGGGGGAAGAAAAGGAGGAAGGGAAAAAAGCAAUGCCAAGAAAAGCCGGGGCUCCCAUCUUGAACAAAAAGAUCCGCUCGCUAAAUGCGUCUCUCAGCGCUUUCACCAGCAAGAAGAGGAAAGGGAAGCAGAAAGGCCGAGGGGGACGAGGCCGCCAGACAGACAAAAGACAGGGCGGCUCAGACGGCAAAAACAGAGCCGGGAAGACCAGCAAGUGGCAGAGACGUCGACUGACUGGGAAAAAGGUGCAUCACCAGGAGUGAAAGAGUGUGUGAAGAUAGACUGGACUGAAGAGACUGUGAGAAUCCCACACAUGAACAGACUGGACUUGGAGUGUUUCUGCUCCCGUGUUUGAGCAGGAGUUUGUAAAAAUGUCUCAACCUGCCUCUUUGUAGUGUUAUUUCUGAUACUAACUGAACUGUAUUUACCUAAAUGUUCAUUAAAUAAAAGAUGAAUCUUGCUAAUAA